AUGUCGAAAUACACAACGCCGUACUUUACGAUUUCGUUUGGAGCGAACAGCAAGUCGAGAAAAGCAGCGCACGACUGCUUGCACGCCCAAAAGCGUUCUAUUUGGGAAGAAGCUGGCAGGAUAGAACUCAAAGAAAAAAGACUUGUUGAGCUCUGGCAACAAUCCAGAACUCUUGCGCAACAUCCACUUGGCUGCGUGCCAGAGAUUGGUUCGUUAGGAAACGAGGUUGACUUACUGUACCCUGAGGAGAUUAUGUCCAAAGUACAAAAACGCCAUUGA